AUGAGCUACCAAGGCCCGAUUGUGGAUACACACCAUCAUAUCUGGGAUCUGGAACAGCACGGUGAUGGAUACCAUUGGAUUCAAGCCAUUCCGACAGACGGCAAGCUGGCAGUCUUGAAACGCUCGUAUCUGCUGGUUGACUUGCUACAAGACUUUGCCGGUCACAACGUUGUGCAGUCGGUUCACGUGCAAGGGGAAUAUCGGGGAGACCCCAUCGAGGAGACUCGCUGGAUCACUCAAGUUCGUGCCGCCGAUGCAAGUCAAAGCGGCUUUCCCCAUGCCAUCAUCGGUUAUGUCGAUCUCGCAAGUCCCGAUGCUGCCGCCAUCCUUGAUGCCCAUGCCCAGUACUCGGGCUUUCGGGGCGUUCGACAGCAGCUCAACUGGCAUGAUGAGAAGGUGGAUCUUCGAGCUGCCGAGCGCGAUUACCUAGCCGAUCCCACGUGGCGAGCACAAAUGCAACUAGUGGCCGACCGCAAUCUCAUCUUUGAGCUUCACCUCCUGCCCCACCAGCUGGCAGCAGCAGCAGAGCUGGCAGCCGAAUACCCACAAGUCACAUUCAUCCUAAACCACGUCGCCUGUCCCGUGGAACGCGAUGAUGCGGGACGAGAACGCUGGCAAGCUGGCAUGAAUCUGUUGGCGCGGCAACCUAACGUGGCCUGUAAACUUUCCGGCUUGAUUCAUCCCAUGCACACCUCAGCCGGAGAAUGGAGUGCCAGUAGCCUUCAAUUCUGGGUUGAGGGGGCAAUCCAAGCUUUCAGCCCAGACCGCUGCAUGUUUGGCUCCAACUUCCCCGUCGACAAGGUUUGCGGCAGCUAUGCCGAUCUCGUGAACGCAGUGAAGACGUCCCUGGAUGCGCUCGCGCUCGAGGAGAGCGCACAGCGCAAGAUCUUCCACGACAAUGCCCCAGCCUUGUUCAUGCAAACUGACAUGCUAAAGCUGCUCUUGUUUCCACUGGCUCGGAAGUAUCCCUGUGACCAUUCCCAAUCAAUAGAAAAGAUUGAACAAACCAUCAGUCGCUGCUUUGUGUGUGUGUGUGUGUGUGUGUGUGUGUGUGUGUGUGUGUGUGUGUGUGUGUGUGUGUGUGUGUGUGUGUGUGUGUGUGUGUGUGUGUGUGUGUGUGUGUGUGGCAGUAUUGGGAUGACUUUUGUGUGA